GUCUAAACCACUCGUUAUACACAUCCCUAUUAAAUGCGUGAAUAUAUGAUGUGUUUUGUAUGUAAUAUUGAAUUGAAUUAAAAAGUGGUAAUAAUUGUGCAUAAAUUGAUUGCUGAGUGAAUAUACGGCGAAUGAUGUCAUCUCAGGUGACGUGUGGUAACUGUGGAUCAAAUGAAGUGGAGUUUGAGUCGAGUCGAGGCGACACGUAUUGCACGCGAUGUGGUUUCGUAAUCGACCAAAACUGCAUCGUUUCCGAAGUGCUCUUCUCGGAGGGCACUCAUGGCUCCAACCAUAUCAUCGGACAAAGACAUGACACCGAAUCCGCCUUCAAGUCAUUCAGUAUUGGAGGCAUUCUUGGAGCGGGACGUGAGUCAAGACAAGUGACUCUUAUGAACGCUAAGCGACGGAUCAAAACAGUUUGCGAUCAGUUGAGACUGAAUGACCACUUCAUUGAAAUGGCAUUCAAUUUCUACAAAAUGGCUUUGAAUCGGCGGCUGACUCACGGCCGCAAACACGUGCACGUAAUCGCCGCUUGCAUUUACAUCACCUGUCGCUCGGAGGGCACGCCUCACAUGCUCUUAGACCUGAGCGAUGUCUCGCAGGUCAACGUCUAUGAGUUGGGCCGCACUUAUCUCAAGCUGACCGCUGCUCUCUGUAUCACUAUUCCAGCCAUUGAUCCGAGUCUUUACAUCAUUAGAUUUGCUCAACAUUUGAAUUUAGGCGAAAAGACUAAUACAGAUGUGGAGAAAAUGCGAAACAAUGUCAUCUCAACGGCUAAUAGACUCGUACAGCGAAUGAAGAGAGAUUGGAUGCACUACGGAAGGCGACCAUCGGGUUUGUGUGGGGCCGCCAUUCUUGUUGCCGCACGUCUUCAUGAAGUUCACUGCUCUAUCAAAGACAUCAUAAAAGUGGUCAAAGUUUGCGAAACAACGAUUCGCAAGCGUUUGUGUGAAUUCAGUGAAACUCCGACCAGUAAUCUAACUCUCGAUGAGUUCAUGACUAUAGACUUGGAGGGAGAGGAAGACCCGCCAUGUUUUAAGGCCAAUAAACGCAAACAAAAGUUGUGUCAAUUUGAAAACGAACAGCAAUUGGAAGAAAUUCAGACAAAAAUAAGUCAUUUACAAAAACUUAUUGAAAAAGAUUUAGAAAAAAGUCGUCAAAAACUUAGAAAUCCUUUUUCUAAAUACUUGAGAACCGAAACCACCGUCUCUUUAGAGCCCAAGAGUGAGGACUCAGCGGUCGAACAAUUCAUUUUAGACGAUACCGUCCAUACGAUCGAGAAAGUGCUCACCGAUGAGAACACCAAUAAUUACGAUAACUAUAUGCAAAGUAUUAAGUGUUUGCGACCGACGGCCGCCAGUUUAGGCAUUACUUCGGUUAUAGAACCAAAUGAUACCAAUUGUGACCAAAAGGAUGGCCAAGAAUUGGUUGAAAGUGAAGAACUAGACCUGACGGGUAUCGAUGACACAGAAUUAGACGGAUAUUUGUUGUCGAGCGACGAAAUAGACGCCAAAACCAAUGUGUGGACUCGAGUUCAUAGGGAAUAUUUGGAUGAAUUGAAACUGAAAGAGCAAUUGAAAGCCAAAGAAGAUGAAGAGCGCAAACGAAAAGAAGCUUCGGGUGAAGUCCUGCCUAAGAAGAAGAGGAAAAGUCGUAAAAAGACUCAAAUUCAAGCCAACAGUGCUUCGGAAGCGAUUGAAAAGAUGUUACUCGAGAAAAAGAUUUCCAAUAAAAUCAAUUACGAAGUGUUGAAGAAUUUAAACCCAACUUUUGGUCAAAUGAGUGAAAACCUUAAAACUGCUGAACCUUUAGUAAAAAGUAGUGAUAAAUGUGUUGAAUUUGAAGACCAAAAGUCAAUUCAAAGCCCACUCAAGCGUUUGACAACACUUAAGAAUAGCGGCAAUACAUCACUCGUGAACCUAAAGGCACCGCUUUUUAAUAAACUUAAAAUUAAAUCAUUGGACUCAAAGCCAAACUCAUUAGAGAGUAAUGAUGCGAAUGAUUCCCACGUGUUGUCCAAACCAUUGGAGACUAAACAAGAGUCAAAAGCUAUUGAUUUAAUUAACAAUGAGUUGGAAGAGGAAUCAGAAGACGAAGACGACGACAAACGCAAAGAGUUUUCCAUUCAAGAGCUUCUCGGCUUAGAAUCCGCUGACAAUGAUUUGGAUAAUCAUUAUUACGAAUACGAAGACGAAGAUUAUUAGCCAAUUAAUGCAUUCAAUAUAAUUUAAUAUUAUUACUAUCAAUGUUGUUAUUAAUUCAAUUUAUUGAUCAUUUGAAUCACUUAUUAUAUGUUCUCA